AUGCCAAAAAAGGGGAAAGGUAAGAAAGACGUAACUGAAGAUGGGAAAGGUGAAUCCACUGAAAAGAAGAAGCAUGUAUCCCUUAAAUCCGAGACGGAAAUGGAAAUGGAAGAGGACGAAGAGGAAGGCCCACCCAUGGCUAUUGAAGGUAUCGUGCGCCUUUGCCUGCCGUUGGAAAUUCAAACCGUGCUAGAAUGCGUUAUAGGAGAACAAUGCACUCUGGACUCUCCUUGGGUGGAAGUGCGAAAAGCUGCAAUCCAAGAAAACAUUGGAACCCUUAAGGCGGAGUCACCGUUCUACGACAACAGAAUUGCAAUUACCACUUACCCCGGAGAUAGGAUGUUCAUCGGGUGGGAUGUGUUAGAAGAAGCAGAAAACCAAUUUCUACUGUGCUUGACGAAAGAGGCUCGAGAAGAGAUUCUUGACGUGUUGGAGCAAAAGAGAAUAGCUGUAGAGGAGCGCUUGGGGAACGCCGUCUUGAAGAGUAUCAAGGAAUGGAAGUCACUCGGAACGGAAACAUUCUUAGAAGAGGCUGCUAUACGGGACACGAGACCAAAACUGAAGACAAAAAUGUUUGCAGAACGGGACAUAGACAAAUCACAGGCACCCGCCGAUUUUGAAGACGAAGGUGGCGACGGGGAAGACGACUUCAGUUUCAGGUUCUUCCCCAAAGAACAUUUGAAAUCACAACGUAUCGCGAGGAAAAGGUACGAUAACUUCUGUCAGGCGAGUCCUCCUGUGACUAACCGAGAGGCACAGACGUACACUGCCAUUCCGAGACACACCUGGUCACAGUAUGAGUACACAGUGGACGUAGGAGCGGGGACGUUACAAGAAGAAGUCGUAGAAAAGCUUGAAGGCUACUUGAGUUCGGUGAUGGACAAUGUAGAGAGUCAACUCACUUACAACGCCGUCCUAGACUUGUACUGCGACGACUACGGCAGGAUUGGCGUUGGGGCUCAAGACUAUGAGGUUCGCGAGAAAGUCGUUUUCGACGAGUACGAGAACUUCAUCGAUGUGCAGCACUGCAAGGAGAGGGUGGUGACGUCAGUGGCGUGGCACCCGACACUUACUGGCACAGUCGCUGUCUCCUACGCGGAGCACACACGGUUCACUUUCUACGAGAGGUUUGCGUCUAAGGGUCUGGAGCAGAUGAACAGGGAGGUCAAGAAUAGGUUCUAUGGCAACAACCUUGUUUUGCUCUGGAGCUUCACAGACAAGUUCACGCCCAAGUUACGGCUGGAGAGCCCGCAUGAAGUGCACUCACUGGCGUUCUGCCCCACGGACGGCGAUCUUCUGGUGGGAGGACUCGCCUGUGGCCAGCAACAAGGUGGUUAUCAAGCACAGCUGUUCUCGGUGCCAGUCCUUGCAAUAACUCACAACGGCCCCACCACAAAACUAGACAAGGAAAUCAACACGUCGCACACAAUUGCAGAAUAA